AUGGAGGAAGAUACAUGGGAGUUUGAGAUAGAGAUUACGGACCAGAAGCGAUCCAUUCAUAUGUUUAAAAAGUCAAUGGAGACGUGGGCUAAGGAAUCAAAUUUUGGUCAAGCUGAGUGUUUGAGAGUAGUUGACAGUUAUUGUGAAGGUGCUGGUAGCCAGAAUCCUAACGUCGAUGGCAACCGUGUGUUGAAUCCUGGAGUUCUAGUGGUUGAAGAAGACAAGAGCUAUAGCAGUCUUUUUUCUGGGUUCUAUGCAUUCCAUUUCAUAGGAAUCUAUGUAGGAGCCGGUAAAGUCAUUCACUUUACUCGUCGAGGUGGUCUUGAAAUCGGAACCGGUACGUAUCUGGACAAGAUCAUCCAGAUUUCAGUUCCUCGUCACGGAGGAGACAACCCUUGUCCUAAUUGCGGAGACCAAUCGACUCUCGACGGCGUGAUCUCUUCUUGUCUCGACUGCUUUCUCGCCGGAGGAAACCUUUAUCUCUUCCAGUACGAUGUCUCCAAGGCUAUCCUUGUGGCUAAACAGCGAAGCGGUACCUGCACUACCGCACCUUCAGAUCCUCCUGAAGAAGUCGUUCACCGCGCGAGGUACCUUUUAUCGGGAAAUGGGUUUGGUGAGUACCAUCUCUUGGACAACAACUGUGAGGAUUUUGCUAUCUAUUGCAAGACUGGUCUGCUUGUUUUUUCGGUCACCAAGUCUGGAAGUAGCAGCCAAGUCAACUCGGUGUGUGCAGCAGGUGGUGUUGCUUCUUUGGCACUGAGGUUUUUAGGGGUGGGAAGGACUGCUGGUCAAGCGGCUUCGUUGGUGGUGUGUCCAGCUUCGGUGGUUUCAGCUGCAGCCAGUGCUAUUUCGACGACACUGAGGUUUGUAACUACUGGUUUUUCAGCCAUGGCUGUGGCGGGAUACAAUAAAUACUGUAUUGGUCAUGUGGCUUACGACGUUGGUGUCAGAAAGGAUAUUCGCAAAGUCCCUGUGGAAGAGCUGUCUACACUUAUGGCUGUUCUAGAAGGCAAUAUAUUGGACAAUGACAACAACGACAAAAAUGUUGUGAAACUUAGGAUUUAGAACUGUAAGUUUCUGUAUAUUAUUAAUGAAUGUGUUCCCUUUAUAUAGAGGUGACAAGAGAGAUAAA